AAAAGUAAACAUUGCGGUAGAUAAGAACAUUACUCAGCAAAAAUUAAUAUCAAAAACGAGAAUCAGAUGCUUUCCUUUCUCAAGCAAUGGCCCAUGCCGAUGCCAACCACCAGGCUUGCUGUGAGAUGUGUGACUACAAGUUCACAUUCCAAGCAACAAGCUGCUACAAGACCACAACAAGCCAAACCAUUCAACUCAAUCCCAGGACCCAAGCCUCUGCCAUUACUGGGGAAUCUGCUGGAUAUAGUGAGAGUACGGAGGAGAGGGCAAAGGUUUUCUGAUUUUCAUUAUGAGGGUCUGGAAAAGUACGGAGGAAUCAUGAAGCUGCUUCUACCAGGUGCUGGUACCAUGGUGGUAGUGGCUGAUCCUGAUGUAUUGGAGGAGGUGCUCAGAGCUGAAGGAAAGUACCCGAAAAGGGAUACGUCAGUUGGCCCUAAGAUGAAAUGGUUUUUCGAGCAAUCUGGAAAACCACCUGGAUUUACAAGUCUGGAUGGUGAAGAUUGGAAGAGAGAGCGUGUUGCAGCUAGCAAGCAAGUACUGCCCCGGAAUGUGAACAGCUACAUUGAGGGCCUGAACCCUAUCUACACUCGAUUCUCUGACCACCUGAGGAGCGUAAGAAAUGAAGAUGGUUUGAUUGAGAAUUUCACUCCACUCGCUAAAAAGAUAACAAUGGAAGCUACUGGAAAAUUUGUGUUUGGUGCUGAUCUGGACCUGCUAGUUAAUCCAAAAGAGGAAGAUGUAAAGUUUCUUGACAAUGUCGACCGGCUUUUCGAAGGCAUUGGAAGACUGAUCAACGAGCCAGCUCUGUACAAGAUUUACAAGAACAAGUUUUACUACUCAUUCAUGGAUGCGAUAAAGGGGACCUUUUCACAUGGUAGCAAGUACGCUACCGACUUGCAAAAGGAGCUGGACAGAGGUGAGAGCAGUGAAGUACAGGGGAUGCUGGAGCAAUGGCUGAGAGAGAAGAAGAUGUCCACUGAAGAAGCUGUGUCACUGUCAGCUUCAAUGCUGAUUGCUGGUAUCCACACGACCGCUAAUCAGUCUAUAUUCCUCCUGUUUGAGUUGGCUAAUAACCCUGAGGUCCAGGAGCGGCUAUACCAGGAAAUACAGAGUGUAGUGGGGGAGCGACCUCCCACAGCUCAGGACCUAGAGGCAAUGCCCUACCUCAGAGGAUGCAUCAAGGAGAGCUUCAGAGUCAGAUCCACAGCACCAGGUUUACCCCGUGUUUUGAAUGAGGAUGCCAUCAUCCAUGGUUACCAUGUGCCUGCCGGGGUGACUUUGUUCUACUCGAGUUACACGGCUGCAAAGAGUGACAAAAUAUUUGAGGAGCCAUCAAAGUUCAAGCCAGAGAGGUGGAUGAGAAAUGAUGGACCACAGCAGCAUCCCUUCUCAAUACUGCCAUUUGGGUUUGGACCCAGACAAUGUUAUGGAAAAAGGUUUGCAGAACUUGAAAUGAAACUCUUCAUGGUUGACAUUGCUCGAAAUUUCAUACUGAAGGCUGGACAGGAAGAUAUGAAGAUGCUUGAACAUGCCCUCGUCACACCACAGGAGGACGUGCCACUCUAUUUCAUUGACAGAAAUUAGACUAUAAAUAAUAAUUAAUGUAUACUUUUUAAGUCAGUCCAGGCCUGCAUGCCUGUAUAAUCGAGACUCAUUAUAUAGUAUAUAUACGCACAAAACUGCCUGAAUUUAUUUAUACUUCAGAAUUCUAUAGUCUGAGUUAUAUUAUACUAGUACUCUGUGCUGAUGUUGUGUUGAUUGUCGCAAUUUUUGCUAUACACUCACUUGAUUGCUAUACAAGAA